GUGGCGGGAUGUAAGUCUUCUCUUUUAUGUCCGUCUUUUCCUUUUUGUCGUCGAAGCGAGUCUUUUGUCUUUUCUUCUUUUUCUUACUUUUUUUCUCUUUUUCUUCUCAUAUUUUGUUUUGCUCCUGUUUAUUUUCAAGUCCUAUCAUUGGAAAUACAUUCUGCAUCCUAUUCCUUCCAGUACAGUCUCAGCACCAUGUUCCUGCGUCCAACCUCUCCACGUUGUUCCCUUUCAUUCCCUUCCUUGCUUGCUUGCACUCCGCAUGAUAUAUGCAAGAGAGCAAGCACGGACACCACUACACCAGAAGUUGGUUUGUUUAAAGACUGGGCGGACUGCAUGAAAAAUAACAUCAGGAAAAACACACAGGUCAUCCCGGCUUUAGUCGCCCAAGGGUACGAGGUAUAUGCGCUCGACUUCCUUGGCCACGGGCUCAGCGACAAGCCCGUUGAUCCACGACUCAUCUCGUUUCAACUACAUGUUCGAACGCUCCGGGAGUUUUUCACCCGCUUUGAUGUCCCGCGGGACUGUAUACUAGUGGGGCAUGAUUGGGGAGGUUGUAUCGCCCUCUCGGCCGCUCCCACACUACCACUCAUCCGCCCGCGGAUAUUCUGCCUCAACACAUUCUUCGCCCCACGGCCCUCGGAUAUACGCCUCCACUACUACUUGCUAUACAUUCUAUGGUUCCUCAGCACAGGGAUCUUCGACGGGUUUCUCCCCGAAUGGGCAAUCAUGCGAUACAUGGCGCCGUCACCAACCACAACGGCGGAUGUGGUCAGGGGAUACGGUGCUCCGUUUUCUCCCACGUCGUCGUUUUCUUCGUUUACGUAUAGCCAAGCUGCACUUUCUUCUGGCAAUGCGGGAGAGAGUGAAUUUGAAAUACGGACCGGGCCAGGGCCGGGGCCGGGGCCAGGAGAAAGUGAAAGUGAAAGAGACCGUCGUGGGUUUGGCUUCUUUCAUCACCAUCAUUAUCGGAUAUUCCGUCUUCCGGCGCCAGUAGCGGCAUGGAUAAACUACAUGCAGACAUACUUCUCCGCAUUACGCACACACGCGCGGCUGCUGAGCAUGUCCAAGUCCUCGGUCGGUCGGUUCGCGCACAUGGUACCUGGGUUUUCGGAUAUAUUUCUAUUCAAUGCCCGCUCGACACGCGCGUUUCGUUUGCUCGAAGGACUGCUUGGGCCCCAGCGUGUGUUUUUCUCGAAUCUGGCGGCCCAGGCGCUUCUCGCGAGGGACGAUCGUCUGGUUAGAGCGUUCUGGCGGAGAGUCGGCCAGGGAAGUACGGAUGGAGGGGGAGUGCGAAGAGCGUUUGGAACCGGUGAUGAUGACGAAGAGAAUGUCCGGGUUCGAGAUAAUGGUGUUCAUGCCACCGGAAGCAGUAGAGACGCUGCUCUCAAUACAAGAUCUACGAGACGUAGAACGACGGGCGAAAGUAGUGGAGCGGCGUCGUGGAAAGCGACGGUGGUAUUUGGUGCGGAUGACCCGCUGUUAAGGGAUUUCAAGUCUGUCUUGGAAGACACGAUUGAAAAGAGCGCCCUUGUGUCUGUGUCGGGCGACGGAUGGAUCGCUGGGGCAGGUCAUUAUCCGGUAGAAGAGAAGCCGGAAGUAGUAGCGAAUUUGAUCUGCGAGUUUGCAGAACGUUCGAGACGGUAGAUAUCUAGUGGAUUGCAAAAGUCGUGGGACCGGAUUUACUCAGCCGGAUGCGCUUUGAUUAUUGGCGAGACGCGAGUAAUCUGUUGUUCAAAUGCGCAAAGUAGCGUCGAGGACAGUACUAGCCGUACCUGGAUUGCGCGGCAUCCUUGAUUCCAGUCGAAGCUCCUGGAGAGGCGUUGCAUCUGAUUCUGACCAAG